CAGUCAGCAGACGUUUUUGAUGAGACAGCAGCAGGAGAGCACAAACGUUUUAUACAGUGCGAAAUCUUUUUAUUGAGCUUACUUCACAGACAGGGUCGUAUUCUGCAAACGAUGACCUCCUCGAUCUCUCCGUUCCACGAAAGUGAGGCUAUGGAUGAGAGUGAGGAACCGUCGUGCCCUCAGUCUCGGCCUCUUUCUGGUAAACAGGUUCGAGGAAACGCCGGAGGCUUUGUAUUUGCAGUGUCUGAUCUUAACCGUCUCAGGCGAUUCCUCUGUUUGGGAUCGGAGGGUGGAACAUACUACGUUGGAGAGAAGAAGUUGGGACUAGAGAAUGCUCAGUGCAUCAGCAGAUUACUUGCAGACGGCAAAGGAACGGACGUUAUCGAGGAAAUCGUCUCUUUCAGUCAGGAAGGAAGAGCUGCUAAGCAAAAUCCGAUCAUCUUUGCACUGGCCUUGUGUGCUCGCAUUGGGGAUGUGGAUGUGAAACGUGCUGCCUAUGAAGUUCUCAGUCGAGUUUGUCGCAUCCCUACGCACCUCUUUGCUUUCGUUGAUUUUUGUGAGAGUCUCAGCAGUGGAACAGGCUGGGGUCGAGCUCACAGACGAGCUGUGCAAGAGUGGUAUAAUGCAUAUGAGAAAAGACCACUGCAGCUAGCUAUGGCCGUUACGAAGUACAAACAGAGAAAUGGAUGGUCACAUCUAGACUUGGCUCGACUUUCUCAUAUCAAGCCAUCGUCUGAUGGAGUUGCACUGGUGGUGAAAGCAAUCGUGAAAGGUCUAGGCCAGGCUGAGAAAGACUAUGGCUCAAACGAUGAUCCGGUCAUUCAGAAAACAUUGUCUUUUCUCAAAGCAGCAGAGGACGUCAAGACUUUGCAAGAUGAAGAGAAAGUUGUGGCAAUGAUCCACAAACAUACUCUCGUCAGAGAGCAUAUCCCAACUAUCCACCUGAAUAGCUGCAAGGUGUGGGAUGCAUUGCUUGACAAAAUGCCUUUGACAGCAAUGAUCCGAAAUCUUGGGAAGAUGUCGUCUAUUGGUCUUCUCUCCCCUCUUAGUGACCAAGCCAAAAUGGUCUGUCAUCGACUACAAAAUAAUGAAGCCCUUAGAAAUGCUCGUAUUCACCCAUUUAAUGUGUUGUUGGCACUGAAGACUUAUCAGAAGGGACGAGGGGAGAAAGGCAAACUGGUUUGGGAUGUGAACCAAACCAUUGUAGACUCCCUUGAUGACGCAUUCUAUAAAUCUUUCAAGUUUGUAGAGCCGACUGGGAAGCGCUUCCUUCUUGCAAUUGAUGUGAGUGGCUCGAUGGACUCGCCUGUCAAUGGAUCUAGCAUAGAGGCUAGUACAGCUGCUGCAGCAAUGAGCAUGGUAACAGCCAGAUGUGAGAAAAACUACCAUAUGCUGGGCUUCUCUCAUGAACUAGUGCGUCUUCCAAUUAGCCCCAAAAUGCGACUUGACACUGUGGUGGAGGAGAUGAACAAAGUUCCUAUGGGAGCCACAGACUGUGCUCAGCCGAUGCAGUGGGCAAUAAAGAAUAAAGCCAAAGUUGAUGUGUUUAUUGUCUACACAGAUUGUGAGACAUGGUUUGGAUCCGUUCAUCCCUGUAAGGCACUGAAGUUGUACAGACAAGAAAUGGCAAUCAAUGCCAAGUUGAUUGUGUGUGGAAUGACGUCUAAUGGAUUCACUAUUGCUGAUCCUGAUGAUGCUGGCAUGCUUGAUAUGGCAGGCUUCGAUUCGGCGGCACCAGAAGUUAUCCGCAACUUUGUUCUGGGAAAGAUUUAGCAUACCUACUUAUACUGCAUUAUAAUUUUUGAUAAUGUACACAACUAGAAACAUCGUAGCUUCUUGUCUGAUGACUGUUGCUUUAAUUUGCUUUGAAUUCUCUUUUCUUCUGCUGCCAGUUGCUGCUGUUCCCUUUCACAUGCUGUUAUUUUUUCUUGCACGUGUGCUGUCAUUUUCUUGUCCCUGAUGGAUAAGAUAUGAAUAUCAAAUGCAUCAAUGAAAUAAAUUGUCGUGCUUAAUACUUA